AUGUUUCUGACGAGAAGUGAGUAUGAUAGAGGUGUAAGCACCUUUUCGCCUGAAGGCCGGCUGUUCCAGGUUGAAUAUUCUCUAGAGGCGAUCAAACUGGGGUCGACCGCGAUCGGUAUCGCGACGAAUGAAGGAGUGGUGUUGGGCGUUGAGAAACGGGUGACGUCUCCUCUGCUUGAGAGUGAUUCGAUUGAGAAGAUCGUGGAGGUGGAUCGGCACAUUGGGUGUGCCAUGAGCGGGCUUACCGCGGACGCGCGGUCGAUGAUAGAACAUGCGAGGAUAUCGUCUGUGACGCAUAACCUCUAUUACGACGAGGAGAUUGGCGUUGAGUCGCUCACACAGUCGGUGUGCGAUCUGGCGCUGCGGUUUGGCGAGGGCGCGUCUGGCGAAGAGCGUCUGAUGUCUCGGCCGUUCGGCGUGGCGUUGUUGAUAGCAGGCUACGACAAGGAGGAUGGGUACCAGUUGUACCAUGCGGAGCCCUCGGGGACUUUCUACCGGUACAACGCGAAGGCAAUUGGCUCAGGGUCAGAAGGUGCGCAAUCCGAGCUACAGAACGAGUGGUACUCCUCGCUAACGCUGAAGGAGGCUGAGUUGCUUGUGUUGAAGAUCCUGAAGCAGGUGAUGGAGGAGAAGCUAGACGAGAACAACGCGCAACUGAGUAGCGUCACGAAGGAGCAGGGUUUCCGCAUUUACCCGGAGUCAGAAACCGCGGAGAUCAUCAAGGAGCUAAAAGAGCGCGAGGUACAGGCCAGCGCAGAGCAGGACGUUGACAUGUCCGGUUAA